CGGGACCUUUGGAGGGCCGGACACAGAGCAGUCCCGAGCCCUGCCGGGUGGGUGCCGGCCACCGAGGACGUGGCUUGUCCUUGCAGGCUGGUGGCCAGCAGCUGCCCAUCGGCCACACCAUGUCAGACGGCGAGGGCCCCUCUGCGGAUGACAGCGCGUCUGCGGCGAGCAGCAUGGAGGUGUCGGACCGCAUCGCCUCGCUGGAGCAGCGCGUGCAGAUGCAGGAGGACGAUAUCCAGCUGCUCAAGUCGGCGCUGGCCGACGUGGUUCGGAGGCUGAACAUCACCGAGGAGCAGCAGGCUGUGCUCAACAGGAAAGGACCUACCAAAGCGAGACCACUGGUGCAGACCCUGCCUUUAAGAACCACUGUCAACAAUGGCACUGUGCUACCAAAGAAACCCAGUGGCUCCCUGCCGUCCCCCUCGGGGGCCAGGAAAGAAACCACCAUGCCAGCAACCAAAAGCAUCAAGCGGACCAGCUCUUCAGAACGAGUGUCCCCUGGUGGCCGGCGGGAGAGCUCUGGGGACUCCAAGGGAGGCCGGAACCGCACAGGCUCCACCAGCAGCUCCUCCAGCGGCAAGAAAAACAGCGAAAGCAAACCCAAGGAGCCCGUAUUCAGCACAGCCCUUCUGUCCCUGUCUCCGAAAUCCCAAGGGAAGCGCCGGGUGACGCACUGCAAAGAAGAAGGAUAUGUCAAAAUGUUUCUUCGUGGACGCCCUGUUACCAUGUACAUGCCCAAAGAGCAAGUGGAUUCUUACAAUUUGGAGGCAAAAGUAGAACUACCAACCAAGAGGCUUAAGCUGGAAUGGGUCUAUGGGUACCGGGGCCGCGACUGCCGGAAUAACCUGCACCUGCUGCCCACUGGCGAGACCGUGUACUUCAUCGCGUCCGUGGUGGUGCUGUUCAACGUGGAGGAGCAGCUGCAGCGGCACUACGCGGGCCACAGCGACGACGUGAAGUGCCUCACAGUGCACCCGGAUCGGAUCACCAUAGCCACCGGGCAGGUCGCCGGCACGUCCAAGGAUGGAAAGCAAUUACUCCCCCAUGUGCGCAUCUGGGAUUCUGUGACAUUGAACACACUGCAUGUCAUCGGGAAAGGCUUUUUCGACCGGGCUGUCACCUGUAUUGCAUUUUCAAAAUCCAAUGGAGGGAGCUACCUCUGUGCUGUGGACGACUCCAAUGACCACGUGCUGUCCGUGUGGGACUGGCAGAAGGAGGAGAGGCUGGCCGAUGUGAAGUGUUCUAACGAAGCAGUGUUCGCCGCGGACUUCCACCCCACGGACACCAGCAUCAUAGUUACCUGCGGAAAAUCCCAUCUCUACUUUUGGACACUAGAAGGAAGCUCCCUUAUUAAGAAGCAAGGAUUGUUUGAGAAACAAGAAAAGCCAAAGUUUGUCCUCUGUGUGACUUUUUCUGAAAACGGUGACACCAUUACGGGAGAUUCAAGUGGGAACAUCUUAGUGUGGGGAAAAGGUACCAACCGAAUAAGCUAUGCAGUUCAAGGGGCCCACGAGGGUGGCAUUUUUGCACUUUGUAUGUUAAGAGAUGGCACACUGGUGUCGGGAGGAGGGAAGGACCGGAAACUCAUCUCUUGGAACGGAAACUAUCAAAAGCUUCAUAAAACCGAGAUUCCCGAACAAUUUGGCCCCAUACGGACAGUGGCUGAAGGCAAAGGCGAUGUCAUCUUAAUAGGCACAACAAGAAACUUCAUCCUGCAGGGCACCCUGUCGGGGGACUUCGCACCCAUCACUCAGGGUCACACAGACGAACUCUGGGGGCUGGCUGUCCAUGCCUCCAAGCCUCAGUUCCUAACCUGUGGGCAUGACAAGCAUGCCACCCUCUGGGAUGCCGUCGGUCACCGGCCUAUUUGGGACAAAAUCAUAGAGGACCCAGCUCAGUCUUCUGGUUUUCAUCCUUCAGGGUCUGUGGUUGCAGUCGGAACACUCACGGGGAGGUGGUUUGUGUUUGACACGGAAACUAAAGACCUGGUCACGGUGCACACGGAUGGGAACGAGCAACUGUCUGUCAUGCGCUACUCCCCAGACGGGAAUUUCUUAGCCAUUGGUUCUCAUGACAACUGCAUCUACAUCUAUGGAGUUGGCGACAACGGGAGGAAGUACACGCGCAUGGGCAAGUGCUCGGGCCACUCCAGCUUCAUCAGCCACCUGGACUGGUCCCUAGACUCACAGUUCCUUGUGUCCAAUUCCGGAGACUACGAGAUCCUCUACUGGGUUCCCUCGGCAUGUAAGCAAGUCGUGAGCGUGGAAGCCACAAGAGACAUCGAAUGGGCCACCUACACCUGCACUCUGGGAUUCCAUGUCUUUGGAGUGUGGCCAGAAGGCUCCGAUGGAACCGAUAUCAACGCUGUCUGUCGGGCCCAUGAGAAAAAGCUCCUGUCGACAGGCGAUGACUUCGGCAAAGUGCACCUCUUCUCUUACCCCUGCUCCCAGUUCAGGGCACCAAGCCACAUCUACAGCGGUCACAGCAGCCAUGUCACCAAUGUCGACUUCCUGUGUGAAGACAGCCACCUCAUCUCCACCGGUGGAAAGGAUACCAGUAUCAUGCAGUGGCGGGUCAUUUAGCACCGCCCAAGCCGGGGAGCAGGUCGCACUCAAGAAGACAGAUUGGCGUUCCACUUGGUCACUGUGAUUUCUGUUUUGACUAAAAAUUCUUACAAACCUCAGGAAAACUAUCCCUCUACCGGUUACCUUAGCUUAGGGAGUCAGCAGGUGUCACACCGGAUCAGCAGCUGUGUUUCCGCU